AUGAAAUUCUACAUCGAUGAUUUACCAGUACUUUUCCCUUAUCCCAAAAUUUACCCAGAGCAGUACAAGUAUAUGUGCGAUAUCAAGAGAACUUUAGAUGCCGGCGGAAAUAGUAUUCUGGAAAUGCCUUCGGGAACUGGGAAAACUGUUUCAUUACUUUCAUUAACUAUUGCCUAUCAAAUGCACUAUCCUGAGCAUCGAAAGAUCAUAUACUGUUCCCGUACUAUGUCCGAGAUCGAAAAAGCGCUGAUAGAGUUGGAGAACCUUAUGGAUUAUAGAACUCGGGAGUUAGGCUUCCGUGAGGAUUUCAGAGGCCUAGGUUUAACUUCGAGAAAAAAUCUCUGUCUGCAUCCAAUCGUAAGUAAGGAACGGAAGGGUACAGUUGUUGAUGAAAAAUGCCGUCGUAUGACCAAUGGCCAGGCAAAACGUCAGUUGGAAAAUGAUCCGGAAUCUAAGGUUGAACUGUGUGAUUACCAUGAGAAUCUAUACAACCUCGAAGUUGAAGAUUAUCUUCCUAAGGGUGUGUUUUCAUUUGAGAGGCUGAUAAAGUACUGUGAGGAGCGAACUUUGUGUCCGUAUUUUAUCGUUCGUCGUAUGAUCUCACUCUGUAAUAUUAUUAUUUACUCCUAUCACUAUUUGCUGGAUCCCAAAAUUGCGGAAAGAGUCUCGAAGGAAGUUUCAAAGGAUGGAAUUGUCAUUUUCGAUGAGGCGCACAAUAUUGACAACGUUUGUAUAGAGUCGCUUUCACUUGAUUUGACAAACGAUGUCCUGAAGCGCGCUACGAAGGGCGCUAAUGCUCUGGAAAAUAGGAUUCAAGAGGUUAGAAGAGUGGAUGCUAAGAAGUUGCAAGACGAAUAUGAUAAAUUAGUCAAAGGGCUGCACACCGCAGAGAUAUUAGAACCUGGCGAAGAAGCCGCUUUAGAAACGCCUGUUCUCUCAGAAGAUUUAUUGACAGAAGCGAUACCAGGGAAUAUCAGGAGAGCAGAACAUUUUGUCUCAUUUCUUAAGAGGCUAAUCGAGUAUCUGAAGACAAGAAUGAAAGUUUUACAUGUAAUUUCAGAGACGCCCAAGUCAUUUCUGCAGCAUUUAAAACAAUUAACUUUCAUUGACAGAAAACCUUUACGGUUUUGCUCGGAACGGCUCUCGCUUCUGGUAAGGACGCUGGAGGUGUCCGAAAUAGAAGACUUCAUGGCACUUAAGGACAUUGCGACAUUUGCUACCUUAAUAUCAACAUAUGAGACAGGCUUUUUAUUGAUCAUUGAACCCUAUGAAAUAGAGAAUGCCGCUGUGCCGAACCCUAUCAUGCGAUUCACAUGUUUGGAUGCAUCAAUUGCAAUAAAACCUGUAUUUGAAAGAUUUUCAUCCGUGAUAAUUACUUCGGGUACCAUAUCACCGCUUGAUAUGUACCCUAGGAUGCUGAAUUUCAACACGGUGCUCCAGAGAUCUUAUGCAAUGACCUUAGCGAAAAAAUCAUUCUUGCCAAUGAUUGUGACCAAGGGUUCAGAUCAAGUGGCUAUUUCUUCUAGGUUUGAAAUUCGGAAUGAUCCUAGUAUUGUACGUAAUUAUGGUUCAAUGCUGGUGGAAUUUGCUAAAAUAACGCCGGAUGGGAUGGUUGUAUUCUUCCCAUCAUACCUUUACAUGGAAAGCAUCAUAUCUAUGUGGCAAACGAUGGGCAUAUUGGAUGAAGUUUGGAAACAUAAGCUAAUUUUGGUUGAAACCCCAGACGCUCAAGAGACUUCGCUUGCCCUGGAAACGUACAGAAAAGCUUGUUCCAAUGGAAGAGGUGCUAUUCUUUUAUCUGUCGCCCGUGGCAAAGUUUCAGAAGGAAUCGACUUUGACCAUCAGUAUGGUAGAACAGUGCUGAUGAUAGGCAUUCCGUUCCAGUACACUGAGUCUCGUAUAUUAAAGGCCCGUUUGGAAUUUCUUAGGGAAAACUAUCAGAUAAGAGAGAAUGAUUUCCUAUCAUUUGAUGCAAUGAGGCAUGCCGCACAAUGUUUGGGUAGGGUUUUGAGAGGAAAGGAUGAUUACGGAGUGAUGGUAUUGGCGGAUCGUAGAUUUUCAAGGAAAAGAAAUCAGUUACCAAAGUGGAUUUCUCAGGGCCUUUCUGAUGCUGAUCUCAACCUUUCAACAGAUAUGGCUAUCGCUAACGCCAAACAGUUCUUGAGGACAAUGGCUCAACCCACAGAUCCAAAAGAUCAAGAAGGUGUCUCCGUUUGGAGAUACGAAGAGCUCCUUCAAUAUCAGCAGGAAGAAAAAUCAAAAAGAAAGCAGCAGAAUGGAGAUGGCACGAUCCAGGAUGAAGCUCCUGUUGAUGUUGAAAUGGAAUAA